AUGGAAGAAUUGAAAUUGCCGGAGGAGGAAGCUGCACAGAUGGUGUGGGAAAGCAAGGUGGAGGAGGACAAACGAGAUCUGAAUUUUUUGUUCCGGCAGGAGAUGGGCGAUGUAGGUCCAGUCGUCGAGGAGGUUGGAGUUGGAGCGCUCUUCUCGCGGUUAGUCGACGGCGAAGCAGGAAGUGAGAGAAGAGGAACCUGA